GGUGGUAGAGGCUGGGCUGGUCUCUUUUUCCUGGAAUGGCCAGGAGGGAGGAGGAGGAGGAGCAAACGGAAGGACGGGAGGGUGAGUUACUGGCCCGUCAGCCCCGGUAAAAGAAGACAGGCCCUCCGGUGGCCAGUUUGGGCUCCUGGGGACAGUGACGGCAGCUGGACAUGGCAGGCUCUGAGCAGGCCCAGAAGCUGGUGUACCUGGUCACAGGUGGCUGUGGCUUCCUGGGGGAGCAUGUAGUGCGGAUGCUGCUGCAGCACGAGCCCCGGCUCCGGGAGCUGCGGGUCUUUGACCUACACCUGGGGCCCUGGCUGGAGGAGCUGAAGACAGCAGGGCCUGUGCAGGUGACUGCCAUCCAGGGGGAUGUGACCCAGGCUCACGAGGUGGCAGCAGCUGUGGCUGGAGCCCACGUGGUCAUCCACACAGCUGGGCUUGUGGACGUGUUUGGGAGGACCAGCCCUGAGACCAUCCACAAGGUCAAUGUGCAGGGCACACAGAACGUGAUUGAGGCUUGUGUGCAGACUGGAACACGGUUCCUGGUCUACACGAGCAGCAUGGAAGUUGUGGGGCCUAACAUCAAAGGCCACCCCUUCUACAGAGGCAAUGAGGACACCCCAUAUGAAGCAGUACACAAGCACCCCUACCCUUGUAGCAAGGCCCUAGCCGAGCAGCUGGUCCUGGAGGCCAACGGAAGGAAGGUCUGCGGGGGACUGCCCCUGGUAACAUGUGCCCUGCGUCCCACGGGCAUCUACGGUGAAGGCCACCAGAUCAUGAGGGACUUCUACCGCCAGGGCCUGCGCAUGGGGGGCCGGCUUUUCCGGGCCAUUCCGGCUUCUGUGGAGCACGGCCGGGUCUAUGUGGGCAACGUGGCCUGGAUGCACGUGCUGGUGGCCCGGGAACUGGAGCGGCGGGCAGCACUGAUGGGCGGCCAGGUGUACUUCUGCUAUGACCAUUCACCCUAUAAAAGCUACGAGGACUUCAACAUGGAGUUCCUGGGUCCCUGCGGCCUGCAGCUGCUGGGCACCCGCCCAUUGUUGCCCUACUGGCUGCUGGUGCUUCUGGCUGCGCUCAAUGCCCUGCUGCAGUGGCUGCUGCGGCCGCGGCUGCUCUCCGCGCCCAUGCUCAACCCCUACACGCUGGCUGUGGCCAACACCACCUUCACUGUCAGCACGGAUAAGGCGCAGCGCCAUUUUGGCUACAAGCCUCUGUUCUCCUGGGAGGAGAGCCGGACCCGCACCAUUCUCUGGGUGCAGACCACGGAAGGUUCAGCUCGGUGAUGGUGAGGCUGAGCCUGGAGGCCCGUCAUGGCGCGUCCCUCCAGGCCCUGUGCCCUCACACCCCGGGUGGGGCUACAGACAGGGUGUUGGGAGUCAGGCUGGCUGACCCGGAGCCCGCCACAAUCGCAAGCCUUGAGCCCGUGUUGCCGCCUGAUGCUUCCAAGCACUGGGGCAGGUUUGGGGCAGGAGCUGCGCCACUCUGCCCAGGCCCAGCGGCUGGUUGACCAGGGUCCGACGCCCUGACGUUCUCAGCUGCCCCGUCCUGCUUCUGGCUUUCUGGGCAGGACAUGGACAGGGGUUUCUCAGGCUCACAUGGGUCUUCUGACAUCAGGCUGAAUCUUCAGGCCUAGGCUCAGUGAGGAGGCUCCUCGGGUUCCUCCUACCUUCUCCCUCCUUGGGGAUUAUAUUCUCGUCAUUUUAAAACAUGCACCAGCUUUAGACAUUGGUGUUUUAAUUCCUCUCAAGGAAAGCUGAGGGAAGCAGUGCAUUUUCACUUCUCACCCGACCCGAAUUCAGUUCCUGCAAUACUGUCAGCUCUGGGCCUGAGAGUGCCCCGUACCGCUGGAUCUGGACAAGCCCUGGAUUAAAACCCUCAUCCAAGCCUG